GUUUGCGCCACUUCAUAAUGAUUUAACUGAAUUUCUUUGUUUAUCAACUGUCCUGAAGCUUUUGUUUUUUUUAUUUUCUGUUCUCUUUUCAUAACCAAUUAAAAACUACCAUCUUGUAUGGCUAUGUAAGCAAAGUUUCCAAAUUGGGAAUUGGGUUUUUUUCUUUUUCAGUAUUUUGCUGGUUAUGCAACUCUCUCUUGUCUCUCACAGUUAAAACUGGUAUGAUUUUAAUUAUAAUCGAUUAUGUUUUCAUUUUUAGGCACUUUCUGAGUUGAUCAUGAUUACAAUAUGUCUGCUGUUUCUAAGUGCUUAUUAUGUUAUAUUUCUUGUCUGUCAUGGUAAGUAUGGGAGAAAUCUUGGUGCUCUCUGGUUCCAAGGCAGUGAACUAUUGAAAGGAGAGUUUAGCUGUCUGAUUUUACAAUGCCAGUUCCCCAUGUGCCGUAUCCGACACCUCCGGCGCCUUACACCCCUCCUGCAGCCAAUGGUGCUCAAAGCCAGCUUGUGUGUUCGGGUUGUCAAAAUUUGUUGCUCUAUCCAAUUGGGGCAACCUCUGUGUGCUGUGCUGUUUGCAAUGCAGUAACAGCAGUACCACCUCCAGGCACAGAAAUGGCCCAGUUGGUGUGCGGAGGCUGCCAUACGUUACUAAUGUACAUCCGUGGAGCAACGAGCGUUCAAUGUUCGUGUUGUCAUACUGUCAAUCUGGCCUUGGAAGCAAAUCAGGUAGCUCAUGUGAAUUGUGGGAACUGCAGAAUGUUACUAAUGUACCAGUAUGGAGCAAGAUCUGUAAAAUGUGCAGUUUGCAAUUUUGUGACAUCAGUUGGGGGCUCGGCAAGCGCUGCCGAGCAGAAGCUCAACAGCUAAGGUUACAUUACGCCCAAGUUGAUUGUUGGAAGCUAAAACUUUGGUUUUGCUUAUUACAAAUAUCUUUCUCCGCGUUUGCUUCGCAUCGGCAAAUGGAGGAAACUCCCUCCUAGCUUUGUAUUGAGUUAUUUUAUCUUGCUUGACUUAUGAAAUAAGCAGUUUUGGGUAGCUGGUUGGAUGCAUUAUAUAAGUAAUUCCAUCGGAGAAGACCUGUAACAGUUUGAGCUAUUGGUUAUCUUCCGA